UAUUUAGGCCGGGGUGGGGGACCGCCCUGGCCACACACCUCAGCGCCACCUGGAGAACUGUACACAGCCCGGAUUUCUCCCCCGCCUGCAGCUUCAAAGCCUCCUGCCACACACGCACCCCGACUCCGGUAGCCUCAUGGCUGCAACCUGUGAGAUCAGCAACGUUUUCAGCAACUACUUCAGCGCUAUGUACAGCGCGGAGGACCCCACCCUGGCCUCUGCCCCCGCCGCUGCCGCCUUCGGGGCUGAUGAUGCGGCGCUGACCCUUGGCAACCCCCAGGUGUCGCUGGAGGGUACAGAGAAGGGCAGCUGGUCCGGGGAGGAGCCCCGGUUCUGGUCGAAGGCGCAGGUCCUGGACUGGAUCAGCUACCAGGUGGAGAAGAACAAGUACGACGCGAGCUCCAUCGACUUCUCCCGCUGCGACAUGGACGGGGCCGCCCUGUGCAGCUGUGCCCUGGAGGAGCUGCGUCUGGUCUUCGGGCCUCUGGGGGACCAGCUCCACGCCCAGCUGCGGGACCUCACUUCCAGCUCCUCCGACGAGCUCAGCUGGAUCAUCGAGCUGCUGGAGAAGGACGGCAUGGCCUUCCAGGAGGCCCUCGAAAACCCAGGCCCCUUCGACCAGGGCAGCCCCUUCGCCCAGGAGCUGCUGGACGACUGCCAGCAGGUGAGCCCGUACCACCCCGGCAGCUACGGCGCGGGAGCCCCCUCCCCCGGCAGCUCGGACAUCUCGACCACAGGGACCGGCACUCCCCAGAGCUCCCACUCCUCGGACUCCGGUGGAAGCGACGUGGACCUGGAUCUCACUGACAGCAAACUCUUCCCCAGGGAUGGCUUCCCCGACUAUAAGAAGGGGGACCCUAAGCACGGGAAGCGGAAGCGGGGCCGGCCCCGAAAGCUGAGCAAGGAGUACUGGGAGCGUCUGGAGGGCAAGAAGAGCAAGCAUGCCCCCAGAGGCACCCACCUGUGGGAGUUCAUCCGGGACAUCCUCAUCCACCCGGAGCUCAACGAGGGCCUCAUGAAGUGGGAGAACCGGCACGAGGGUGUCUUCAAGUUCCUGCGGUCCGAGGCCGUGGCCCAGCUGUGGGGGCAGAAGAAAAAGAACAGCAACAUGACCUACGAGAAGCUGAGCCGGGCCAUGAGGUACUACUACAAACGGGAGAUCCUGGAACGGGUGGACGGUCGGCGGCUUGUCUACAAGUUUGGCAAAAACUCCAGCGGCUGGAAGGAGGAAGAGGUUGUCCAGAGUCGGAACUGAGGGUCGGAACUGGACCCGGGACCAAACUCACGGACCACUCAAGGCCGGCAGCCCUCCUGGGAGGAGGCAGGCCGGAAGGCCCCCGUGCGGGGCCCGCUCCCUGCUGUGCGGGGGAGAGAAGCUGACAUUCUGGUGUAGCUGAACUUCGUCACCAUCGUCCUGGGCUUUGGAGCCUGUGUCCUCUCCUCCCUGCCCUCCUGUUGGAAUUACAAGCUGGGUCGGGGGGGUUGAAGCGACUGGUCUGCUCACUCCGCCACACGUGCGUCUCAUUUUACCUGGUGCCUCCUGGAACUCAACCAGCGGCAGACCACACCUGACACCCUCCUCCUGCAGAUGACUGGGCUGAGCCAGCGAGGCCAGGGGUGGCCCUAGGCUUGCACUGUGACGGAGGGGACGGAGAGGCCUGCACGGGGUGGUCCUCCAGCGCCUCCUCUCCGGACUGGUUUCCACCUCCCUGUCCAGCGCUCGGGCUCCAUGGGUGGGGGUCAGAGUACUCCCUAAUUUAUGUGCUAUAAAUAUGACAGAUGUACAUAGAGAUCUAUUUUUUCUAAAACAUUCCCCUCCCCACUCCUCUCCCCCCGAGUGCUGGUGGCCAGACUGACUGUUGUAGGCCUUGGUCUGGGCCAGCGAGGGUUGGGGCGAUGCCAGAGCCCCCAGGCUGGGCUCCUGGCUCCUGUGGAUGGAGGCAGAGGCCUCCAAUAAAGUGCCUGCUGGGCUUUUUCUAA